CACCUUUUAUAAUAUUAAAAUCACCAGAACUUUAAGUAAUAUUAAGUAUGGCGAUUCCAUUGAUUUUAUACUAAUUCUACAGGGAAAUUCCGAUAUCCUGAAUUAUAGAAAUGCCCCCUAGCCUUCCUAGCUGCCUCCGGCCCCCGUCCAAGCCUCCGAAUAGUAUCAAUCAGAUAAUCUCCAAAGUCUGGAUACUCCCCAUGGACUUUCCUAUAGUUCUUCCGCAUAUCAGACUUAAUAUCGUGAAAGCUCUCCUCGAUUGGGUUCAAAAUUGGGCAAUAAGGAGGUAACUAGCGUAUCCAAACACCCCGUACCCGGCACAUAUCAAGCACCCUCUGACUCCGGUGUAUACUAUAGUUGUCUAUUAUAAUAAUCGAAUUUUUGCCCGGCCAUGGAUUAUACUGCGGGAGCACCCUAUUUUCCAUCCAAUCUUCAAAAAUCUCGGCUGUGAUAUUGCCUUGAUAAACCAAAGGAUCAAGGUGCCCAUUAAUCGUAUAUGCCGGCAAAAGGGA